UACCAUGAAUAUCAUUCGUGUGUUUGUCUGAAUAUUUAAAGUCAUAUUUUCUAGUCUAAACAGGUCACAACGAUCGUCUUCGAAGUUUGAGACAAUAUCAUGAAUAUUAGUAUGUACAGUCACCGUAGAAUAUAGAUCUAACUUAUAUAGCCGGCAACACGGAAAGCAUCAGUAGUAUUUUUUGUACUCCUCGUCUUCUUUCGUUCAAAGAAGAAAUUAUCUAUAUUCACUAUUCUGUCUUUCACGAGAAAUAAUAAAUCAAAUUCUAUUAUAAAGAACAGUUCUUAUGUAUCAAACGUAAAAUAAUUUUAAAACAAUAUACAUUAGGUGUGACGUUAGAUUUAUCUAUUAUUAAAUCUAAAUUAAUACAUAGAUUUUCAUGAAAUAACAGAUAGCUUUAAGUUGUCAAUGAGCUAUUGUAGUUUAUUGAAUAGAAAACCAUGAUACUCACUUCCUAAAUAGUAAUCAACAACGUGUAGAAAUGAAGUGUAUAAAUAAAUUCAAAAAAUUCAUUUGUGUUCAAUAAAUAACGAUUCUUCUUUCUCAAUCAUUUAUCCAAAUGUACAUAAAUCUCGUUUGCAUUAUAAAGAUAUGUUAUGUUGAAAAGCUAAUUCUUGAUCUGUAUCCAUGGAAUUAUAUCUCCUAUUAUCCUGUUUUUCUUUUGUUUCAUUCUAAUGUAUCUUUUAGAUUAAAACGAAUAAAAUAAAUAAUUGCUUGUAUUUGAAUCCAUAUAUAAACACAAGGUAAUAUUAUUGAUGAAAAUCAUUUUUUGUUUUUGUAUUUCUGUCAUGAUUAGAUGAAUACCAAAUAUCAUAAGCUGGAUAACUCUGUUGGAGAUGUCAAAUCAAUAAAUACAAUUCCACAAACAACAAAACUAUUUAUUUUACAUGUAUUCAAAGCUGUAUUAAAUAUUCCUGUCACUUGUUCCAAAUUCUCUCGUUCCAUUAUAUAUAUUACUCUUUUCUUCCUUACUCUUUCCAGCAUUAGUGUAUUAAUAUCAAAUGGUAAAGCAAAAAUGAACUUUCAAACUACGUCACAUACUCCACUGUUAGCUACUACUCAUCAUGUUCUACCACUCAAAUGUAUUGCAGAUAGAAAUCAACCUGAAUGGCCACGUCCUGUACAAUCCGAUAAUAAGUCAAAUAAUAAUUUAACUGUUGUUAUUGUUACAGCACGAUCAGACUUUGCAUAUUUACCAGCAACAAUGGCUGCAUUAUUAUCUCAUCUUGAUUCUCGACGUAUUACUGAAGUUAUGCUUCUUGUUCCACCAAAAGAUGUUCAUCUUUUACAACCAUAUUUUUCUGGUGAAUACAAAAAAUAUUGGCCAUGGACAGUAUCAAUUGUACCUGAUGAUAUACUUUUAAAACAUAUCAAAACUGAUUCUUAUCGUUUACAAAUGAUGUUUAAACUAGUGGUUGCACAAAUAGUUAAAACAGAAUUCUAUCUGAUACUUGAUUCAGAUUGUGUGGCUGUAUGGCCAAUACAUGUUGAACAAUUAUUACAUCAAAAUAACGCUUCAUCAUUAUAUCAAUCUAUUUAUAAAGCUGAAGAUAGAUCCGGGCAUGAAGAAUGGUGGAUAGAAAGUGAACGAUUAAUCCAAGGUAAAUUAGAAUCAUGUGUACCAAAUGAUAAAUCCAAAACAUCAGCAAUCGGUGUAACACCAAUCAUUUUAUCACGCACAAUUUCAUUACGAACAUUAUGUCGAUUACAAAAACUGUACGGUGAUGAAACGUUUUUAACUAAAAUGGCUAAUUGGGCACUUUCGCCACCUAUACCUGAACAUAUGUGGACAGAAUAUACACUUUAUUUUAUAACAGGACGUUGUACACAACUAUUUGAUACAUAUCAUAUUGAUGAUAGUGCAUUAUUGUCUUCAAACUCAAUGCCAAAAGUGAAUUUUUAUGGUCUUAGUAUUUGGUCAGAUAAAGAUUGGACAAAAGAAAAUCAAAAUAAAUUAAUUGACUCUAUUAAUAAUGGACUAAGAUGGCGUCAAAAAGAGAUUGAUGAAGCCAAUGGUCAAGCAAUUAUUGAUACAUCAAUCAAUGGUCAUAGUUUAUUUACUGUUCUUCAAGGAAGACAAAAUGUUACUUCAAAAGUGUAUCAUCAAUACUUUUAUCCAUUAUAUAUGAAAUAUUUACAACAACAAAAGCGAAUGGAUAAACUAGUACCAAUGCUUGAGUAUAUGGCUCAAGAAUUUCGUAAUUAA